AUGUCCGCCGGGUCUGGAAGCAUUCGGCGUGACUUUACAGAUACACGCCACUCAGUAUCCUACGAUCUGAUUUCUCCACUCCAACUAGAUUUGUCCGGCAAGUACGCUGUGGUCACGGGCGCAUCCUGGGAUACUGGCGUUGGCUUUGCUACGGCAUCAGCCUUUGCACGAGCGGGCGCGUCAGGAAUCGCCGCUGUCGACCUGCACGGCUUAUCCGCAGGCCUCGUUGCGAAGCUCAAACAGAUCGCGAGAGAGGCUGGACGGGAUGAACCAAUCGUCGUUGAUUGUACCACAGACAUUGCCGAUGCAGCCAGCGUCAAAGCCGCUUAUGACAAGAUAGCCGCUGCAUUUGGUGGCCGUCUAGACGUCCUUGUCAACAACGCGGCGCACAUGGAACCUUAUGAAAAGUUCCUAGAUGCGGAUCCUGAUGUUUACUGGCGCACUUGGCAAGUCAAUCUCGGCGGGCUUUUUAACAUGGCUCGUGCCUUCUUGCCGAUGAUGCUAUUGACUCGCGCAUCCGGCGAUGGGCUCUGCAUCAUGAUAAAUGUCUCAUCUUCAGGCGCAUUAAGUGCGCGCCCAGCUAGCACGGGAUAUCGAUCAUCCAAGCUCGCAGUUACACGUUGGACAGAGUCGGUUCAGCUCGACUAUGCCGAUCAAGGACUUCUGGCCUUCUCCCUCAAUCCAGGCGCCAUCAAGACCGAGAUAACCAAGGGCGGCUUGCCGGACCACUUGCGAGAUUCUCUUCCUGACAAACCAGAAAUCGCGGGCGACACAAUUGUAUGGCUGGCGGCCGAACGCCAGGAAUGGCUGGCAGGACGAUAUGUUAGCUGCCCAUGGGAUAUGGGGGAGUUAAUGCAGAUGAAAAAUGCUAUCAUCGAAGAGGACAAGCUCAAGCUGAAGAUGGCUUUCUAG